GAGUUUUUGGUGUUUCAAUUGCGUAUAUAUUUCACGAUCUGAUCUACGCCACCUUGUCCAACCGACCUGACCUGCCUGUCCCUCACAAUGGCUGCGAACACGACGAAAGGCCCGGGUGGGAAGAAGCCUGCAUCCGUGGCAACCAACUUGAUAGCUGGAGGAGGUGCAGGCAUGAUGGAAGCGCUUGUUUGCCAUCCAUUGGAUACCAUCAAGGUCCGAAUGCAGCUCUCAAGGAGAGCGCGAGCUCCAGGGGUUAAACCGCGUGGUUUCAUAGCUACCGGCACCGAAAUCGUGAAGAAGGAGACACCCUUGGGGUUAUAUAAGGGUCUCGGGGCGGUCCUGACGGGAAUCGUACCCAAAAUGGCCAUCCGAUUUACCUCCUACGAGAAAUACAAGCAAUUUCUCGCAGACGAGAAUGGCGUCGUCAGCGGACGAGCAACCUUCCUUGCUGGUCUGUCUGCCGGUGUCACAGAAGCUGUGGCGGUGGUUACGCCUAUGGAAGUUAUCAAGAUUCGGCUACAGGCUCAACACCACUCGAUGGCAGACCCAUUGGAUGUUCCCAAAUACCGGAACGCCGCCCACGCCUUGUAUACGGUCGUAAGGGAGGAGGGAUUUGGCGCUCUGUAUCGGGGUGUAUCACUGACGGCCUUAAGACAAGGAAGUAACCAGGCAGUGAAUUUCACUGCCUACACAUACUUCCGACGUUGGCUCCAAGAGUGGCAAGGAACCACCGACCUACCAUCGUACCAAACCAUGUUCAUUGGUCUCGUCUCCGGUGCCAUGGGACCCCUUUCGAAUGCACCGAUUGACACAAUCAAAACCCGCCUUCAGAAGACCCCAGCCAAGCCUGGCGACACCGCGAUGGGACGCAUCGUGAACAUCAGCAGCGACAUGUGGAAACAAGAGGGCACGCGAAGCUUUUACAAGGGCAUUACUCCUCGGGUCAUGCGGGUAGCUCCGGGGCAGGCCGUGACGUUCACGGUGUACGAAUACCUCAAGGGCGUCUUGGAAAAGUCCAGAGAUGUGCUACCGGGCGGGAAGUACGAGGAGUGAGUGCUGCGAAUGCGAGAUUGAAAUUUUUGGGUUUCUGUGCUUUUGUGUUCUUCUUGGUGGAGCAUCCUAUCUGACUACUAUAUUAGAGGGUCGGGUAAACAGCAAAAGCAUGUGGGCACGGCGUCAUGACCAGUUACAGACCUAUUUCCUCACAGAUAGUCAUUGAAGCGAUUCAUCGAGCAUUUUCCAUUGGCCUUCCUAUAUUGCUAUUGCAAGCUCUUUCUUCAUCAAGUAUCUACAUUUCUAUAGAAGGCAACGAAAGCACGUUAUACCUCUAGCGGCGAUGACAGAAGCUAGACUAUGGAGGCAUAGUUUAACAUAUCUACAAUCCACGUGAAUAUCAUCAUAUUGAACCUAGUCGAUCGAU